UAACCGCGGACUGUCGCUGGUGAAUUGACGAGUAGAACGUGUUCGCCAUAAUGAUAAUAAACCGUGAACACAAAGCUACAAGAAGGCCCAUUAAAUGGUUCCUGUGAAACGGUAAUAGAUGCGCUGAUAUUUACCAAACGUCAUUCAAGUCAGGACUCGUCUGGCUGGACUGAAAUCUCAGUUUAUCUGAGAAAAGGAAGCAAGACCUAAGAGGAAAACGAGCCCGUGCCAUGGCAUCAGCAUCUGCCACUGUAGACUCAAAGGCAGAGCUGACUUCUCUGCUGGAACAAUGGGAGAAAGAGCAGCAAAGCAACACACAGGAGCUGGUCAACAUCCUCACAAAAAUCUCAGAGUUGGUUGAAAAGGAGACCGAGGAGUACCACAAAGCAGACCCUGACCCUUUUGAUGAUCGACAUCCUGGGAGAGCUGAUCCAGAGUGUGUGUUGGGGCAUCUCCUGAAGAUCUUGUUCAAAAAUGAUGACUUCAUGAACACAUUGGUGAACAGCUAUGUGAUGACCAGCAGAGAAUUCUCCUUAAACGCAGCAGCUUGUCGUUUGCUGCAGAACAUCAUGCCUGGAUUGGAGACGGCUGUGGUUUUUCAAGAAAAAGAGGGAAUAGUUGAAAGGCUGUUUAAGUGGGCGCAGGAGGCUGAGCAGCCUCUGAGAAUCUAUGCCACCGGCUUGUUGGCAGGCGCCAUGGAGAACCAGGACAUUGCUGCGAACUACAGAGAAGAAAACUCAGUUCUGGUGCCUUUGAUGCUGCAUCGGUUGCGUGAGCUUCAGGAUAAAGACGCCGAGAACAAAAGGGAGACCAAACGACCGAGCCCCAGAAAGACUCCUAGUGAGCCUCUGUUACCUUUAGAUGAAGAGACUAUUGAUGGAGGCUUUGAAGAGAAACCCUUCACACCGAGCAGACUUGGGACUGAAAAAGAAGCAACGAGUCAGCAGGACGAUGCUGAAAUUCCCUUCUCCUCCAUUGAGCCUGAGAACGAGCUCUCGUUCCGUUUCAGCUCGCCUGACAAGACGAGCAGUCGUGCCAACUCGGGUGUUAAAACCAUGAUGAAGCCCAUGUCUGCCCCAGGGUCGCUUACCCAUCCGGGCCUGUCUGAUGGUAGCAGCUACCUGAGGAGGAGGGUAGAGAGGGAUAUUGCCAGGAUUUCAAAACAGAAGCUGAAUUUUUCUUUGCCUGAACCAGAGAGGACCUUUAGUGAGCUUUCCAACAGCAGCUGGUCAGAGAUGAGCCCCUGGGUGAUCGGCAACAACUAUCAUCUGUACCCUUUGACCCCAGAGAUAGAGCAGAGACUCAUUCUGCAGUAUCUCACCCCACUGGGGGAGUAUCAGGAGCUACUUGCUGUGUUUAUGCAAAUGGGAGCUCGUGAGCUACUCAUGCACUAUAUGGAUCUAAAGCGGACCAAUGAUGUACAGCUGACGUUUGAGGCUCUUAAGUAUUUGGCUUCACUGCUUUUGCACAAGAAGUUUGCUGCAGAGUUUGUUGCUCAUGGAGGAGUUCAGAAGCUGCUGGAAAUCCCAAGGCCUUCAAUGGCGGCUACUGGAGUGUCACUGUGCCUCUAUUACCUUGCCUAUAACCAGGACGCCAUGGAAAGGGUGUGUAUGUUGCCCCACUCUGUGCUGUCAGACGUGGUUGGUUACACACUGUGGUUGCUGGAGUGCUCACACGCGUCGGGCUGCUGCCAUGCCACCAUGUUCUUCUCCAUCUCGUUUUCCUUUCGGGUCAUUCUGGAGCUUUUCGACAAGCAGGACGGUCUCCGGCGGCUCGUCAAUCUGAUCAGCACACUGGAGAUCCUGAAUCCUGAGGACCAGGGAGCACUGCUGAGUGAUGAUGAGAUUUUCUCCAGCAGGCAGAGAGCCAAGCACACCUGCAUGGCUCUGCGUAGAUAUUUUGAGGCCCAUCUGGCAAUCAAGGUGGAGCAGGUGAAGCAGUCACUGCAGCGCACAGAGGGGGGUGCUCCCAUUCACUCACAGCCAUACUACAAGGCUGUCAGCUUUAGUCGUGAGCAGGUGGUGGAGAUGAUGGAGUUUCUGAUAGCGUACGGUCUGAGGCUUUAUUGGGAACCAGCAGAGCUUUUCCACAAGUUGUCUUGUGUCCAGCUGCUCCUGCAGCUCAUCUCUAUUGCCUGUGACUGGAGAACCUACUAUGGCAGGGGCGACACGGUCCGUUACGCCCUUGACAUACUGAGUAUCCUGACGGUCGUUCCAAAGACACAAUUGUUGUUGUCUGAACCGGUCGCUGUGCUCGACGAGGGAGGAUCCACUGUCUCCACUGUUGGGAUGAGCAUAGUGCUGGCUGUGGCAGAGGGAGAGGUGUUUGUGAAUGAUGCUGAGAUUCAGAAGUCAGCUCUGCAGGUUGUUAUUAACUGCGUUUGCGCGCCAGACAAGCGCAUGUCCAGCAUUGGCAAGUUUACUGCAGGGACCCCCCGCCGGCGCCUGCCACAGCAAACCAAAGCCAACGAGAGUGUGCUCACCAAGAUGUGGAACGUAGUGCAGUCGAACAACGGCAUCAAGGUGCUGCUCUCCCUGCUGACUGUGAAGAUGCCCAUUACAGAUGCAGAUCAGAUCCGGGCUCUUGCCUGUAAAGCUCUGGUGGGUCUGUCUCGCUCCAGCUCUGUCAGACAAAUCAUCAGCAAGCUGCCGUUGUUCAGCAGCGGACACAUCCAGCAGCUCAUGAAGGAGCCUGUGCUCCAGGACAAACGCAGCGAGCAUGUCAAGUUCUGUAAGUUUGCUGCCGAGCUGAUGGAAAGGAUCUCUGGGAAGCCGUUGCUGAUUGGUACAGACGUGUCUCUGGCGUGGCUGCAACGGGCCAGUGUGGUUGCUCAGUCAAAGAUCACCUUCCCUGAGAAGGAGCUGCUGCUGCUCAUUAGGAACCACCUUGUGGCCAAAGGCCUGCAUGACACGGCAGUAACUCUCACCAAAGAGGCCGAUCUCCCCAUGGCGUGCCUGUCCCAUUCUUCACAUUUACCUACAGCCUUCCCUUCUGUUGCUCCGCCCCCUUCCGCUUCUUCUGUUGCCACACUUCCUCGCACUCCACGGCUGGCCAGUGGUGUAGCAUCAAGACUUGGUAGUCAUCCCUCUCACUCAUCCACCUCAGGACUCGGCCAUCUGCAACCUCGCCCCUCCACGUCACAGCCAGCUGCUGCUGCUGCUACCAGCGCGACCCCAUCAACAUCUGUCCCCCAUUGUAACAGCGGCUCUCCAUUGAUCGGACGCAUCGUUUUCUCUCGUGAGCGACAAAUGGAGUGCAGUACAGCUCACUGCAAGAAGUCCCGCGUGCUCCGACAGAAGUCUGACCACGGGGCUUUCAGCCAGAGUCCAGCCAUGAAGAAGCAGUUUGACAGACAUUUGCCUUCCCCGCCUGCACUAGACAGCAUCAUCACAGAGUACCUAAGGGAGCAGCACGCUCGCUGUAAGAACCCAGUCGCAACCUGCCCCCCCUUCUCUCUCUUCACCCCUCAUCAAUGUCCCGAACCCAAACAGAGACGGCAGGCACCCAUCAAUUUUACAUCCCGGCAUUCACGAAGAGUCAUUUAUCCAAAAUAUGGUGGCGUGGAUGGGGGAUGCUUUGACAGACACUUAAUCUUCAGCAGGUUUCGUCCCAUCUCUGUGUUCAGGCAGCCCGAAGAGGACGAGAGCGGAUUCAUGUGUUGUGCCUUCUCGGCUCGCGAACGCUUCCUGAUGCUCGGAACGUGUACGGGGCAGCUGAAGCUCUACAAUGUGUUCACAGGCCAGGAGGAGGCCAGCUACAGCUGUCACACCUCAGCAAUCACUCACCUGGAGCCCUCGCGGGAUGGUUCCCUGCUUUUAACGUCAGCCUCCUGGAGUUACCCCCUGUCUGCUCUGUGGGGCAUGAAAUCCGUGUUCAUCAUGAAGCAUUCCUUUCUGGGUGACCAUUAUGUGGAGUUCAGUAAGCUUUCACAAGACCGCGUCAUUGGCACUAAGGAACACUUGGCACGGAUUUAUGAUAUCCAGACGGGUCAGGUUACUCUGACCCUCAACAACCCAGACCUGGCUAACAACUACAAGAGGAACUGUGCCACCUUCAACCCAACAGACGACCUGGUGCUGAACGACGGCGUGCUGUGGGACGUUCGCACGGCUCAGGCCAUCCACAAGUUCGACAAGUUCAACAUGAACAUCAGCGGGGUCUUUCACCCCAACGGCCUGGAGGUCAUCAUCAACACAGAAAUCUGGGAUCUUCGGACCUUCCACCUCCUCCACACGGUCCCCGCUCUGGACCAGUGCAGAAUAGUGUUCAACAACAGCGGCACCGUCAUCUACGGAGCAAUGCUGCAAGCUGAUGACGAAGACAACAUGAUGGAAAUGCAGAUGAAGAGUCCGUUUGGUUCAUCCUUUAGGACCUUCAAUGCCACCGAUUAUAAACCCAUCGCUACGAUCGAUGUCAAGAGGAAUAUUUUUGACCUUUGCACAGACACUAAAGACUGCUACCUGGCUGUCAUCGAGAACCAAGACUCGGCCAACACAGACACCGUGUGUCGGCUCUAUGAAGUUGGCCGACAGAGACUGGCAGAGGAAGAGGAGGAAGAUGAAGAGGAUCAGGAGGAUGACGAGCAGGAGGAAGAUGACGAUGAUGACGAUGAUUCUGAUGAUGACGUUGACACAGAUCCUCUUAUUGCUGAACUUGAAAACGAGAACGGCGGCGAGGAUGAAGAUGACGAAGAUGAAGACGAUGGUGUUGAAGAAUUCUCCCCCUCCGAUGAGGAAGUGGCUCGUCUCCUGGAAGAUGACGGGGACGCUGGGGAUGAUGACGACGAAGACGAUGAUGACGACAACGAUGAUGAUGAUUCUGAUAAUGAGGAUGUGGAUCUGGAAGGCGACAAUGACAGCUCGGACAACUCUGACCUUGAGGAUGACAUCAUCUUAUCCCUGAAUGAGUGAGGAGGUGGGGGGGGGGCAGGCUGCCAGCAUCUAGGACUCAGGAUUCAGACAACUGGUCACGACUCCUGCCUCACAGAUGUUAAAGCUGCAGAGGAACAGGAGCGACAAGGAAAGUAUGCUGAAGGAGCCUUGGAGUACUGCCAUUUUGAAACAGUAGGUGUCUGAACUUUUAGUGACAGUGAGUGAGUGUAAAAAUAAAAAGAUUGUAUGAGAUAUAAUUUUAUAAAAGAAAUGUGAGUUUGAGUGAGAUAAGUUGUGUGUAGAUAUGAUGAAAAAAACAUUUUCUUUUAGUUUUUCUCCUUAAAGAAUCGUUUCAUUUAAGAUUGACUUUCUUGAAAAGCCUCUGUCCAGUCAGAUUACCCUUUGUUAGAGAAAAGAUUUUCAUUCUGAGGAUUGUUAGUGUUGCUGAGAAAACAAGGCUCCUAAAUGCUAAAUAUUCCCCAAAAGGACUCAAGUGUUGGUCCAGCAGCUACGGUAAUGCACCAGCACAUUGCUGAUGGUUUGUCAGGUUUCUAAGCCCACCUUUUAGUUAUUCUUUUAACAUAAAUUGUUGACCAAAGCUCAGCUUGCAAAAGCACCAUUUCAACGUCAUGGUUACAUAAAAAUAACUCUUAUGGAAACGAACAAAAAAUGUGAGCCCACAGUCGCCCAGCUCACAUACAGCAGCCUCAACAGCCUCUUUGUUCCUCUUUUAAAGCUGUGCAUUUCAUCUCAGUCACUAGUUCGUUUAAAGACUGAUUUAAACUUUUCUUGUUACGUUUAAAAAAUCAAAAACAAAAGUCUGGUCAAAUUCAGGAAAGAAAGGUAAGUGUGCAUUUCCACUGAUGGGAAACCCAAGAUUGUUGUUGUGAAAACAAGAGCCUGCACACGCACACCUUUUGUGCAAUUAAAAUGUCAAGAAUAUUCCUGUUUUUGACUUUUGUCCAUGGAAUGGCUUUGUUCCUUUCCCAUUUAUAAAACAAUUUAUGUAGAAUUUUUGGAAAAAGUUUAUGUACAGGUUGUAUGUAUUGAAAGUAUUUUUACUAUAAAUAAAAGUUGGAAACUUUG